GUCGUAUUGUAUCAUAUUUGUCUACUUUCCACAAAUAAAAGGUGAAUCAGGCCUUUUCAGUAUAUUAUUAUAUUCACUUGUUACUGAAAUCGCCAUACCUCAACAGUCGUUUCCGGAUGAGUCUGUGAAUAUUGCUGAACGAAGUUAACGAUCAUGCCCAAAUAUUAUUGUGAUUAUUGUGACACCUUUCUGACGCACGAUUCGCCGUCAGUUCGGAAAACUCACUGUGGUGGUCGAAAACACAAAGAGAACGUUCGUUUUUAUUAUCAGAAAUGGAUGGAAGAUCAAGCACAGAACCUCAUAGACCAAACAACAGCUGCCUUUAAGCAGGGGAAGAUGGCUCCGCGAUCUGGAGCGAUGGUGCCUCCUCCGGGUCAGCACCUCAACAAUCAUCCUGCACCAGGAAAUCAGCCCGGACCGAUGACUGCUCCCGCAGGACCGGGAGGUCCCCCCGGCGUUCACCAGGGCCCACCAAUGAUGAUGGCCCCACCAGGAAUGGGUCCGCCGGGAAUGGGAGGUCUACCUCCUGGUAUGCCUCCUAUGCCUCCAAUGGGACCCCUUGGUUUUCCAGGAAUGCCUGGAAUGCCGCCGAUUGGACCUGGUAUGCCACCGAUGGGCGGAAUUGGCGGGCCUAUGGGGGGACGUCCACCAAUGCUUAGGCCACCGGGUGGAAGGCCUCCCAACUUUGGCGAAUUUUGAUCGUUCAACUCCCGAACUACGAGUGUGGUUAGGACAUUGCGGGUGGUACGUGUAGCUGCUGUACAAUUCACGAGCAUGAAGACAUAGAUAACAAAACAUAUGUAUUGUAUAACUAGACAAUAAAGUAUAUAUCAGCAUUAUUUUCACUGAAUAUCUGUAAACACUUUGUUUUCAAUGUAACUUG